AUGGGGAGAACACCAUGCUGCGACAAGAAAUUAGGGUUGAAGAGAGGCCCAUGGACACCCGAAGAAGAUGAGAUUCUCAUUGAAUACAUCAAGAAGAACGGCCAUGGAAGCUGGCGUUCUCUCCCUAAGUUUGCAGGUCUUCUUCGUUGUGGAAAGAGUUGUAGGCUUCGUUGGACAAACUAUCUUAGGCCAGACAUCAAACGCGGUCCUUUUAGUCUAGAAGAAGAGAACCUUGUCAUACAGUUGCAUGGAAUUCUUGGCAACAGGUGGGCUGCCAUUGCCUCUCAACUACCAGGAAGGACAGACAAUGAGAUCAAGAACUUAUGGAAUACCCACUUGAAGAAGCGCCUGCUAUGCAUGGGUAUUGAUCCGCAAACACAUGAACUCUCCCCUAACUCCAAUGGACCCCUGAAGAGGCUGCCUGCAUCCCUGUCCACCCGUCACAUGGCGCAAUGGGAGAGUGCUAGGCUAGAAGCUGAGGCUCGUCUUUCAAGGGAGUCAUCGUUCUUAGUUCCACCCUCUAAUGGAAGAACUGAUUCUGACUAUUUUCUUCGCAUGUGGAACUCUGAGGUUGGAGAAUCGUUUCGGACUUUCAAUAAGGAGGACAAAACUGCUUGCCAAAGUCCUGUUUCUCAAGUAUCUUCAUCAACAAAAUAUGGGUCAGUUUCAGGUACAACAGAUAUGGGACUCACAGCAGCAGGUUCCUCUGCUAUUGGGAGCAGCAGCCAAAAUGAAGAUACAGAAUGCAAGGUAGGAAGAUUGUAUCCUGAAGAUGUCAUGGCAGGGUCGGCUUCAUCAAGUUCUGAUGAGUUGGAAGAUUCAUCUGAAUCUGCAUUACAACUGCUUUUGGAUUUCCCUGGUAACAAUGACAUGAGCUUCCUAGACGGACAUACUGUCAACUGUCCCGUGUAUCUGCCAUUUCAAUUGAAAGCUCCUUAAAUUUGCUCCAUGUGAACAAUAUAACAACCUCAAUUUUAGAAGAGUAGCAAAUGUUUUUAAAGCCUUAGUUGCUUAAAUAUCGAGCUGGUCGUUUUUUUGGUACUUCCAGCUGUGUGAGGUGUGACCUUGAUAUGUCAGGAGCUCAAUUUACGGCUACUUUGUUAUG